AUUGUAUUGAGCUAUGAGGAAGAGAACCAUCGCGUUGGCCUCCACCUGGUGGUGACGUCACAACGUCAGCUGUGUCAGCAGACGUGUCGUGGCUGCCGACGGGAGAGGUUAUACUUCACUUACUCGUUCCCUCUCACACAGCCAUGCCAGCUUCACCAAGCUCAACCAAUGUAGGAGCAGUUGCUCGCUCUCCUUCACGCACAGUAUCUCCUCGCAGUGGAGGAGGAUCUGGGGGAUCAACAGUUAGGCAGCGUAAAACUACAACUACUACCUCGGGUCGCAGCACAGCAUCAACUGGAGGCAUGUGGCGUUUCUACACGGAUGACUCUCCAGGCAUUAAAGUUGGUCCUCUGCCAGUCCUGGUUGGUUCCCUGGUGUUUAUUGCCACAGUCUUCAUGCUCCACAUUUGGGGCAAGUACACCCGGACUUAGAAUUGCAGCCUGCUAAGCAUCCCGCCUCUUUGAAAUCCUACAAUUUUUUGUUUAAAAUAAUUAGUUCAAUGUCAUGGGAUGUCUUCCACAGUCAACAUUGGAUAAGCAUUCCAUAUACAGUGUAUGGUGCAUGUGAUGGAAGUUAGUUUUAAAGUGGUUUUCUAUAAUAAACAAAUUCAUAAC